AUACCUAUACAUACGAUACCUACAUAACGACACUAUCGACAGCGACUCUUCAUCUCGCCAUUGCACAAGAAAUCAGCCUAUUUCCAUCUAGACUCACACAAUCAUGGCGCUCGCACCCAAGUUUGCUGGUCAGAAAUUUGCGGCGACAUCCUCGCCAGCAACUCUCCACACGUUGGAGCUGUUUCUCGACUACGUCUGCCCGUUUUCCAAGAAGCAAUUCGAUACAGUCUAUGCCGAAGUCUUCCCCAUCCUCAAGAGUCAGUACCCAGACAAGUUACAAGUCAUCUUCCGGCAACAGAUUCAGCCCUGGCACCCUUCGUCCACGCUGGUCCACGAAGCAGGCGUAGCAGUUCUCCAAACCAAUCCCGACAAAUUCUGGGACUUCAGUAAAGCUUUGUUCGCCAAGCAGACUGAGUACUUCGAUGCCAAUGUCGUCAACGAAACUCGCAAUGACACUUAUAAGCGACUGGCGAAGCUUGCUGCGUCUGUUGGUUUGAACGAGAAGGACAUUUAUAGUCGCCUCGAAAUUUCAGACAAGCCAGAUAAAGACGGCGGCUUGAAUGGCGGCAAUGCAGUCACGAAUGAUAUCAAGCUUCUGGUCAAAGCGCAACGUCUGCAAGGUGUUCACGUUACGCCGACAGUAAUGUUCAAUGGAUAUCCGGAUAACAGCAUCUCGUCGAGUUUCACUAAGGACGACUGGGAGAAAUGGCUCGCUAAGAACGUUGUAUGACUAUUGCCAGGGAUGAGGAAGUCAAAGCUAUGAUAUUUUUGGAGAGUCUCUGUUGUUCCUUUCAACUUCGACGUCUAGUCUUGAUGGAUGGCUCAGUCCAUUCUAGUGACCUAUUGACCUGCCUAGACCUCAUUGCCUUGACUCAUCCGCAUAGUCCGACUGGAACAGAGAGCAGCACGGAGAUAGGGCAUCGCGACUUUGCUGUUCACGGAGACAUCUCUUGCUACAAAGAACGCUCGGAGAAGUUCGUUCUGACACUACCUACCUACUUACGUACUCUCUAUGUACAUUGACAGUGAGGAGCAAGGUCCGAAGUGCUUACGUAUAUGUCUUCGCUACAUGUACUUGACUUCCA